UUAACCUUUAUCACUUUUUCUUUUUUUUUUUGUUAGAUAUUUAACCUUUGUUUCUUCUCUCAGCAGAACCCUAAAAGCCUCUGCUUUUAUUCUUCCUCUUUGAAGCUCCUUCAAUGGCUACUCAAAUGGCGGCCAUUACCAUCGGGGGAAAAGGUUCUUCUCUCUCCUCUACAUCAAUUUACUUUGUAUCAAAUAAGCUCGCUGAGGUACGUAUUGAUUCUUCCAUUCUUGAUAAACUAUCAUCAUCUUCAACCUCAUCAAUAAAAAAUCCAUCUCCUUCAAUCAAGUACCAGAUAUCAUUUCCUCAAUUUCUAACCCUAGAAGAAGUACGAGCUUCUUCAACAGUUUUCUUGUCGAAGCUCGUACUCUCUAGCUCCCCAAUUCGUGUUGAUUUACCCAAUUUGAUAUGCCAAACCCUAAAUUCGAAUUUAGAUUUUGAAUCGACUUCUUUAAAUUUUAAAUCAAUUGAUGUUACUGAAGAGGAAAAAUGUGUGCUGGAUACUUGUUUAUCUGUGUCUAUAUUGGAUGGUAUUUGUGCGUUGUUAGACUACGGAGCGUCGCGUUUAUCCCUUGUAUCGGAAGCUGUGGCGGCUUUGUCGUGUGAGACGUCCAAAGCGAAGGAUUCCGCUUUUAAUUUGGUUGAUUCAGGGGAUGGUAAGUGUUUGAAGGAUGAAGCUGGUGUUGCUAGUGAUCUAAAGAUUUUGCUUAAUGGGUCUAAAUUGGUUGGUAAGGUUGAGAUUGAUGCAGUUUCCAGUAUUCCUGAAAUAUAUGGGAGUUUGAGGGAAGCUGUAAGGGUAGUGCAUUCGAGAGUGAGGGUGCAACUGAAUUCAGUGGGGAAGGGUGUGAUUAGUGGAGUAGGAAAGGCAUGGGAAGGGGCAUUGGUGGCUUUGGCAGCGCCACUUCGGAGUUUGGGGGAAAGUAGUUUGAUUCGAUUGGGUUUGAAUGUUAGUGGUGUUGGUAGUGAUGGGUUGAGGUCGAGUUUGAAACUUCUUAUUGAUGAGAAGUGUCCCACUGAGCAGAGUUUAAAAAAUGCUUUCAAGCUAGGUUUAGAUGCUGCAUUUGAGAUGAAUUAUGCUCAAUUUGUGCACAAUGUUUAUGAAUUGUUUUGUUUGGUGAUGACUGUGGUUGCUUGGGAGAUGAUAACUGCUAUUGUUGCACUGGAGGGAAGUGAAUUGCUCGGUAAGCAGGUUUUUGCUGCUAACUCCGAGGAUACAAAAAUGGAUAAGAGGAGUGAUAAGAAGAAAAAGGUUUUAGGAAAGGGUACAUCGGCUGUUCUACAACUUAUUAGGGAGAGAUUGCAGGGUGUUAUAGUAGAUGGAGUUGAUGAGUCUGCUAACUUACAAAACUUGACUGAGAAUCUUUGCUUAUUUUUGGAUCCCAAGGUUCCUGUCUUUAGCGAUUUCUUAGAGAAGAUAAAAGAAAUUGUAGAAAGCAAUGAAAGCAGAAGACUCCCAAAACUUGCGAAGGGUACACGUGAUUUUGCUAAAGAACAGAUGGUAGUCAGGGAAAAAGCAUUUUCAAUCAUUACAGAUGUUUUCAAGAGGCACGGUGCAAUGGCUCUGGAUACUCCUGUUUUUGAAUUAAGAGAAACUUUGAUGGGAAAAUAUGGAGAGGAUUCAAAAUUGAUUUAUGAUUUGGCUGAUCAGGGCGGAGAGCUUUGUUCUUUGCGAUAUGACUUAACUGUACCAUUUGCACGAUAUGUGGCGAUGAAUAGUCUUACAUCAUUCAAAAGAUACCAAAUUGCUAAAGUUUACAGAAGGGACAAUCCAUCUAAAGGAAGAUAUCGUGAAUUUUAUCAAUGUGAUUUUGAUAUUGCUGGCCAGUUUGAGAAGAUGGGGCCUGAUUUUGAGGUGGUUAAAAUUUUGACCGAGCUUCUUGAUGAAUUGAACAUUGGAGACUAUGAGGUAAAGUUGAAUCAUCGCAAGUUGCUGGAUGGAAUGUUAGAUAUUUGUGGGGUUCCUCCAGAAAAAUUUAGGACAAUUUGUUCAAGUAUUGACAAGCUGGACAAACAGUCGUUUGAGCAAAUAAAAAGGGAGAUGGUGGAGGAAAAGGGUUUAACUGCAGAGACAGCUGAUAGGAUUGGUAGUUUUGUGAAGGAAAGGGGAUCUCCUCUGGAACUACUUAUGAAGCUCAAACAGGAAGGCAGUGAGUUUUUGAAACAUGAAGGUUCAGCCCUUGCACUGGAUGAAUUGGAGGUUUUGUUCAAAGCUUUGGAUAAAUCAAAGUGCAUAGAUAAAAUAGUUUUCGAUUUAAGUCUUGCAAGAGGUCUUGAUUACUAUACUGGGGUGAUAUACGAAGCUGUCUUCAAAGGGACAACACAGGUCGGAUCAAUUGCUGCUGGUGGACGCUAUGACAAUCUUAUAGGGAUGUUUGGUUCCAAGCAGGUUCCAGCAGUUGGUGUCAGCCUGGGAAUAGAACGUGUAUUUGCUAUAAUGGAGCAGAAUCAGAAAGAGCAAAAUCAGGUAGUAAGAGCUAAUGAAACCCAGGUUUUGGUGGGUGUUAUGGGAGAUGACUUGAGUUUAGCCGUUGAAUAUGUGAACAAACUAUGGAGUGCCAAAAUAAAAGCAGAAUUUAUGCUAGUAAAAAAGGUUUUCAAAAUCUUCGAACGCGCAGAAUCAUCUGGUAUCCCAUUUGCCGUCAUGAUUGGUAAGCAGGAAUUGGAAGCGGGGAUGGUGAAAGUUAGGGACGUAAAGGCCAAGAAGGAGGAUUUAAUCCCUAGAGAUCAAAUGGUUAUGGAGGUUCUUAACAGAUUAAGUGCCUCAUCCUGAAACAGCAAACGCUGUGAUUUUUUGCGUUUUUGGUACAUUUUUUUGUUCUAUACAAAGCAGUUUCGGAUAUCUAUAAUCAAUGGAUUAACGCGGACUAUAAACACAGAUUUACGCGCUGUAUUAGGUUAGAAUUUUUUGUUUUCCUUUUAACCUUUUAUUAUUCUGUUAACUUCCUACUUUAUUUUUAAACUAGUUAAUCGGAAAAUAUAAAAAUAUUUCAAGCCUGCCUUUGAUUUUAGGGUUAUUUUACUCUUUUAUAGCUGUUGGGGUUACACGGGUAUAACGGGCAGCUGAAUUUUAUCAAAAAGUGGCCUAUGACCUGACCCAGGAUGGUUGGAUUUUCAACUUAGAAACUUUUUUUCUUAGAUUUGACUCAUUUAAACUUUGGGUUGUCGAGUAGGUCAAGCGGAUCAAGUGCUUUAAAAACCCCUACCAUUCAUUAGCUUUUGGGCAAACUAGUGAAGCAGUAACACUCUUAUACAUUGAAUUCAUUAGUAUUUUUAAGUACGUUCUCUUAAAUUUUAAGGGGUUUAAAUUUGAGUGUGUUACAUAUUUGAAUAGAAUUAAUAUGUUAUGAUACCUCAGUAAAUUGUACUAUUAUCGUGUCAAAAGAAACUCAUUUUAAACAAUUCGACCCGAUAUCCAAUAAGUGUUUUAACUUUGAAAGAUAAAAA